UAAAGGGACAGACAUGAAGCCCUUCAAGAAACUCCAUGUUAUUUCUUUACUAGUUUUCAAUUUCAUAUUAGGUUCUUCUAUACCACAGCAUAAUCAUACAAAGUACUGUGGGAAUAUCAGAACUCAAACACCUUUCUUGAAUCCAAAUUCUUCUAUACCUUCUCUAUUAGGUAGCAUCACCCUUUGCAUAUCUCAGAAUCUCUACUUCAGAACAUCCCUUGGCCUUUUUGAAAUUUCUUCACUUGACUAUAAUGGUAGAUUACUAACGAUCACUCACUCAUCUUGUUCUUCUCUCCAAUAUGUUUCUCCUCUGGCUGUCACAGCUGGUUUCCCUUCCCCUCCAGAACCUAACUCACUUGUUCUCUUCAACUGCUCAAAGAGAAGAGAUCCCAUUUCACCAUUUAUGCAAAGCUGCAGAGACUUUUAUAAAUGUGGAGGUGCUGCUUCAUCAUCUUCUAGUAUUCAAGAGCACGAGAAAUAUCCUUAUUCAUGUUUAGUUGUUGAAGAUCUGCAAAAAGUAGAAAAGGGUUUUCAUCCUGAACAAUUGAACUGCUCCCAUUACAGUUGGGUACAUAGAAGUUCUUCAGAUGGUGGAAAUAAUGGAUACAAGUUGGGAACAAGAAUAUCUAUUGAAGUUUCAAAAUUUGUACCAGAUAUUUGUAAGGGGUGUGAAACGCCUAAUGGCACCUGUGGUGCUGGGUUGAAGUGUUUAUGCCACGCAAAAGAGUGCAAAGACAAGGUUAUCUCCAAGGCUGGGUCCAUAAAAUCUACUGGUAGUGUUUUUUUCUCUUUACUUUCUUUUAUUGGUUCAUUAGCCUUCUUCAUGCAAGUUUAACAAAGCUUAUCUAAGG